AUGGCGGAGGACGCACCAGCAGUGGCGACGGCAGCGGUAAAAGAGCGGAAGAUACUGGUGGCAGUAGACGAGAGCAAAGAGAGCAUUAACGCUCUCUCAUGGUGUUUAAAGAACGUUAUAUCUCAAAAUUCAAAAGAUACUGUGAUCCUUCUGUACGUUAAACCUCCUCGAGCUGUCUACACCUCUCUCGACGGCACAGGCUAUUUAUUUUCUUCUGAUAUAUUGGCGACGAUGGAGAAAUACAGUAAGGACGUCGCUGAUUGUAUUAUAGAGAAGGCGACGAGGAUGUGCAGAGAACACGAAGCUUGUGCUGAUGUGAGUUUUAUUUUAUUCAGGGGUUCAGGUGGAGACGAGAGUAGAGAAUGGAGAUCCAAGGGAUGUGAUUUGCCAGGUGGCAGAAAAGCUGGGUGUUAA